GCUCAGGAGGCAUGGAGUCUGUUUCCGAGUGUAGCGUCUAAGUGCAAGCCCGUGUGCUGUUUUGCAGUGUUCACGAACCCAUCUUCGAUAGUAAACAGAGAAAGAGCCGCGCGCGCGAUAGAAAGAACACACAGGCGGGCGCCUUUGACGAUACCGAGCGAACAUGGCGGCCGACGUGAGUGCGUUCUCCACGGCAAGCAAGCUGCCGGUGCUAGCGGCCGACCCUUCAUGGCCACGCUACGUGUACCCACAACUGAGCAACAUGAUAGCGGACGGGGUGAAAGUGGACGGCAGCUGGGAGCUGUGCAUCCACGUCACCGACCUCAAGCUUGACCGCAAGCUCAGGGUCAAGGGAGACAUGCACAUUGGUGGCGUCAUGCUUCAGCUCGUCGAAUCACUCAAUGUCCCCACAGACUGGUCCGAUCAUGCCCUCUGGUGGCCCGAACAGAACACGUGGCUCACGAGGACCAAGUCCACGCUCGACCAGUGCGGUGUCAUGGCCGACGCCCUGCUCCACUUCACGCCCAUGCACAAGACGUUGCGCAUCCAGUUUCCCGACCUACGCAUCAUGGACGUCCGAACGGAUUUCUCGGUCAAGACCUUCUCAGCCGUUGUCAAAGUCUGCAAAGAGUUAGGCAUCCGGCACCCCGAGGAGCUGUCCUUCUGUCGACCGUUGGUGAACGAACACCUCAAGCGCAACUAUCGCGCCAUCGGCUGCAGCCCACGCCAGCGCCCCAAGGAGGGCACCGACAGCAUCCAGUUCAACCGCUCAAAGGCCAAUGACAGCAACGGCACACUCGACGGGGCUCUUGGAUCGCCCCACAACUCGUCGGUGACGCACUGGAACACGUCCAGCUUCAACAACGGGAUCCCGCCAGGCCUAAACGGGAGCUACCUGACUCCCGAGAACAGCUUCAGCUCCCAGUACGAACUGCCCCUGGCCCAGAGCCCCAACAAGCCGCCACAGGACAUCAAGGCAGCCCUGCUCAGGCCCAAAACUCUCGUCGAGAGGGCACGCCUCAAUGCGGGGUGGCUGGACUCAUCGCUGUCGCUCAUGGAGCAGGACGUACGGGAGUUUGACCUGCUGCAGCUGCGGUACAAGUUCUACUCGUUCUACGACCUGAACCCUCGCAAGGACGCCGUGCGCAUCAACCAGAUCUACGAGCAGGCACGCUGGGCUCUGCUAACUGAGGAGAUAGACUGCACUGAAGAGGAGAUGAUGCUCUUUGCUGCACUCCAGCUCCAAGUGAAUCUGCAGGCCAACAGCAGCCAGCCAGACUUCUCGCAAGGCGAAGACGACAUUGACGCUGCCCUGACCGACCUCCAGGUCACCCUGGAGGGCAGCGCCAUCACGAGCGAGACCUCAAACAUCACCCAAGUGCCCGAGCUGCACAGCUAUCUGCGCUUCCUCAGGCCCAAGCGAUUCACGUUGAAGGGCUUCAAGCGCAUGUUCUUCAUCUUCAAGGAGACGCGCAUGUGCAUCUACAAGUCGAGAGAAGAAUACGAAGGCGGCGGAAGCCCCUCGUACGUCAUCAACCUCAAAGGUUCAGAAGUCACGCCCGAUGUGUACCUCGCCGAAGGCAAGUAUGGGAUUCGUCUUGAAGUGCCCGGCCCCGAAGGAAUGACCGAGUACUGGCUCCGCUGCGAAACGGAGGACCAGUACGCCCAGUGGAUGGCCGGCUGCCGACUGGCGGCCAAGGGCAAGACCAUGGCGGACGCCUCGUACGAGGCCGAGGUGCACUCCAUCCAGGAGUUCCUGCAGCUGCAGAGGCCCGCACCUGCCCCGGCACUGCUGCCGUCUCAGCUUGACAUUGACGUUGAGGACUUUGUCGCGCCCCGCUUCAUUAAGAAACUCAAGAGCAAACAGGCAAUUGUUCAAAGGAUUGUCGAAGCGCAUGGGAACGUCAAGGACCUCAGCCUCGUAGAUGCCAAGAUGAACUUCAUCAAGGCCUGGCAGGCGCUGCCCGAAUUUGGCAUCUCGCUCUUCGUCGUGCGCUUCAGCGGCAGCAAGAAAGAGGAACUGCUGGGCGUGGCCUUCAACCGGCUGAUGCGCAUGGAGCUGUCGACGGGCGACCACAUCAAGACGUGGCGCUUCAACACCAUGAUGGCCUGGAACGUCAACUGGGAGGUGAAGCAGAUGAAUGUCCAGUUCGAGGAAGACCAGCGCGUCGCCUUCUCCUGCCUCAGUGCCGACUGCAAGACGGUGCACGAGUUCAUCGGCGGAUACAUCUUCCUCAGCAUGCGCUCCAAAGACCAGAACCAGACGCUCAACGAAGAGCUCUUCCACAAGCUCACUGGAGGAUGGGUCUGAGCAUUCCGAGAUGGCGUGCCACAACCCUGAUGGUGUACUGAUGCACUACUUCUCAACUUUUUUUUUUUUUCCUUAGAGGAAGGUCUGGGUCCUCAAUACAACAGAAAACAACACUGCCAAGCCUCAGGGCACCCUGAACAAUUUUUUAUAACAGCCCCCUCUACAGCCAAUUUGUUCCGUUCCCAGAAGUUGUACUGUAUCGUGACUUCAUGACCCGGCAGGGGAUUGCAAGGGAGUGACACAAUGCUGUGUUUUGACGCUCUGUUGUCUGCCACGCUACUAGAUCAGUCCUUACGUGGAGCAGCAGCACAAGAGUCACGUGAUUGAGGGAGCUGGAGUGAGACCUAAAAAACUGCGACAUUCUGCUCACGUGUGGUUAUAUUCUGGGCCAUGAUAUCGUGGAACAAUAUAAUCCCCAAAACCGUAAGUAAAACUGGCUGUAGGAACACUUUUACAUUAAACAAUUCAGGGCGCUUUGAGACUUUGUAGUAGCUUUUUGACAGUUUCGAGAUUCCGUAUUUUCAUUUAACAAAAAGAAACUUGAGAAAUAUUGCAUCAGUACUCCUUUACAAUGUGCAUUCAACGUUGACUUGUGACGGCCUACACAAGACUGGCGUCAUCUGCAGCAGAUCACUUUCGACGCGAGUCCGAGACGGCGCAAGAUUACUCGGCGAUUUGCAUCAGAGACUUGCACCAGCUGAAUUUGUCGUUGUUACAGUCUGUCAGAGUCUGGCGGCACGUUGUACUUGGCAGUUUUUUUUCCUUUUUCUUUUUCUUUUUUUUUUUUUUUUUUUGUGCACGUUUUGUCGAGACACCGAGAAAUUGGUGAGCGCUGGUCCAAGUCGGACGGACUUUCUUCAUCUGCUCACGGAAUGAUAGGCCUGGCAAAGAAGAUGCCAGCCGUCUCUUUGAAACUGUGCACUAGCAGUUAGUAGUUGUUGGCAUACAGUUGGUCGUGAGCCUCCAUGAGAGAAAAGACUCAUCGUCUUUUCCUCCUUAAAAAUGCUCAGCAGCACUUCUAUGUUAAAACAUUACUACACUUUUUAAGUUUUUAAGUCUGCAGAAGCGCUGCUUUGUCACGUGGCUAGACGUAUGAGCUUGAGAGCUGCCUUGUUCUGAGACGCCUUGUAAAGAAACUUCAAGUAAUGAUCUAGAAGAGGUCAAUGUGCCAAUGUCGGCGUGUAUACAACAUACUAGAGGUAUAAGGUGGUGUUUGCCCUCACUUGUGACACAAGCCAACUGUCUACCACACAAUGCACUGUUGGGCACAGUUUCCUUCGCACUUUUUUCUUUUUCUGCAAGAGCUUAGAACAAUGCGCGGCAUAUCUUGAUGAAAAGCAACGUCGAGUGUGCCUACAAGAGCGUGUGGUAAGCUGCGGAAGGGAAUUCUUCGUCAAACUACUGCGACGGUUUUAAGACACUGGCUGCCUACGCAGCUGAAGCUUUCAUCAACAUCACCACAUCACGAAAUACCCCGACACAUUUUUUUUUUCUUUUUCAUUUCAUAGAACAUGUUUUACUUCCCCUUCGCCAACACCUCUGCGUAAUGAAAUCGCGAAUGUCGCGACACUAUGAUGUAGCGAACUCGUUAACCGUCUGCACAUUUGCACUUAAUCUAGAGAGGAUGACCCAGACUCUUAAGGCACUGUGAGUGUGGCGGGCAUGUCGCCACUGAUCGGUUGUGAUGUCCUCACGUAAUGCAGCGGCAGUUUCGUAUUGACGAGCGUGCCAAGUUUUUGGCUGAACGGCCUUCCCACUGUACUAUAGUGUCACGAGAAUUGUUGUUACCAACAUAGCGCAUUUAUGGCAGACGUCUUUGUCGAAAAAUUGUACACGCGCCGCAUUUCGGAACAGUGCCAGGCAAUUUCCCUGAAGAUGGUGUUAUCUGGCUUUGGCGGAUAAAGCCAAGAUUGUCGUUUUCUGUAGUUGUGACGCUGAUUGCUGUUGAAAGAUGACCAUUGGACUGCAAUGCUAAAAAAUAGUUAUUGUAAAAUUUAGCAUUUACAGACAGCUUUUGACCCUCAUAUUAAUUCUCAGGGCAACUGUGUUUUUGUUUUGAAUGCAUGUAAGCAGUGAAAAAUCUUAUCGCAAGUUGUAUUUCACGAUGUAAGCCAUUUCUUCUUCCCAAGCCUCCACAAUGCAACAUGUGCAAAAGAUACAAAUAUUUAAAUGCAUGGCAAGAUGAAAUCGAAUUAUUUGGAAACUAGCCGUUGACCUUUCUCUCGUAUUAUACAUGCAUACCCUUUAUAUAUAAAUAUAUAUAUAUACAGUAUAUAUGCACAUAUUAAAAAGGCUAUAUUAAGUCUUGUAAUUAGUCAGCCAUAAUAAUGAUUACAAUGAACAUGACAAACGCUUGUUGAAGAAGCUUCAUUUCAGCACUGGGUUUAUUUGAAUCUACGUUUACUUUACAAAUAACCGUUUUGUUUGAGAUGCUCUGCUACGAUAGAAUAGGCUCUGUAUACAACGGUUACCUUACAAUGUGUAAAUAUGAAAACUUUUUUAAGCUCUGCGACGCAUCUCCAAUGGAUAUUAUGCGUUUCUUCUCGCAUCUUCAACAAAUUCUGCCUAUGCCAUCAAGUGCUUUUUUGCGCAUUUAUGCAAGCUUUGUAAAAACGUUUUUGUCGACAUACUUGCUGCUGUAGCCUUUUAUGGCUACGGUCACAGUGCAAUUAUAUUUAUAGUUGAUUAGCGUUUGUGUAUCGGGUGCUUCUUUAGCUGCGAGGCGAGAGUAGGCUGGCUACUCGAUGAAGAUGAGUUACCAGUCGUUUUGCGAUCAAUUUUUCUCGUUUUUGACACUGAUGUUUGUUACACGAGGAGAGUCGUUGAAUAACUGCUCGAGCCCAAUGACGCUCGGGACUUGUUGAUUCGACAGAAACUGCCGUGGUUGUUUUACCCGAAGUGGCACAGUUUUCCAGUAAGAACUGCAUUGUUUAGGGAGUGUCGUUUAGAGUCCGGAAAUUUUUUCGUGAAGUGCCUUGUGAGUGUUUUACAUAAUGUUACGGUGUAACCCACUUGAAACUUACUGUCAUCUUCCUAUUUAAGAGAAUAAAGUUUUUUUUUCCCC